UGGUCCAGAAAGUCAGGCUAAUGGACACUCUGGGGUACCUCUGUCACGGACUCUGGUGGUUUUGUAUGGGUCCACUCUGGGGGUAACUCUGGGGGCAUGUCAGCCGCUCGGCUCAAUUUAGUCGGAGUUGAAUUAUGUCUGCGGUUCUCACUGGCUUGCUGUACCUUCCCAAUGUUCCUCCCGCCCCUCCUGCCCUCAGUGUUUGUGGCUGACAGCGUUGAGGCUAAUAUCAGCUACCACAAGGUGUGCGGCAUCAAGUGCGUUGGGCGGAGAGGCAGGCAAAAGACACUGGGUGCAGGAUGGGCGGGAGGGGGAGGAAGAAAAACUCCGACUGAAUUGAGCUGAACGGCUGACACUCCCCCAGAGUGGACCCAUACUUUACCCCCGGAGUCCGUGACAGAGGUACCCCCAGAGUGUCCAUUUCCCAGACGUUCUCACUUGGUCG